GCACACACCGUCGUUCUCCCCGUGCUCGUUGCGCACCGCCGUCGAACGGAAUCCGUCGUCCGACAACGCUCCCGUAGACAGUACCCGCUCGUCGUCCGUUCCGUUCGCACUGUGUUCACGUGCACACCAACAGCAGCAACAACAACAACAGCGAUCCGUCUCGUACCCCCGGCUCGCACGUGCUCGUGUCGUCUCCGUCUCGCGGUCAAUCGUGUGCCCUCCAUCCCCGCUGCUCUCGACCACGGUCAUGCGAACCCGCCGCGGCGGACGUGCCAGACGCGCCAUUGACGCGUCGCCCGCUGAGUGCUACCGAUGUCGCUGAUCCUACACCCCUGAGAGUACAGGUGAAGUGAGCAGAUAAACAGAAAAGAAAAAAAAAACAACUCGACAGCCUAUACGCUGUCAUUGAGAUUGCUGUGCGGUGUCAGAAACAUUCAUAGCAGUCUUGGACGUUCACGACAGCAGAGACGCUGCGAUACUCGUAAACGUCCCUUCCUACACAUCCUUCUGCAGCCGGUUAAAUCGCUGCGCCGACGAAAUGAGUGCGUAUCAAACGGCUUCUGUUGUGUACAACAUCCAAAACUCAACGCUCUUCGGCCAUGGCCUGUUUGGCAAUUGCUAUUCGAAUAUUGUGGGAACGGCUGCUACAAUGUUCUUCUCGACACAGUAUCAACCAGUCAUCAUGUCCGUGGUAGGGUCUAUCAUUGUAGGCCUCAGCGGGCUGUUUCCACUUCUCGUUUUGCCAGUGGACGACUCAAUCUCUUUAAAAACUGGCCCUGGAAGUAAACAUUUACGUCUUCUGUUGAGUUUUUCGGUUGGAGGUAUGUUGGGUGAUGUAUUUUUACAUGUUUUGCCCGAAGUAUGGAUCUCAUCUAAGGAUAGAUAUGGGAAUUGGAUUCGUGAUGGCUGGUGGGUGCUAGCUGGAUUGUUGGUAUUCAUUGUAGUCGAGAAAUUGUUUUCGCUAUCAGACGAUGAAGAUAUAAAUGAAUCUAUUGAGAAGAUAGUGUCUCCUAACACAAAUUUGAUCAAUAACAACCUUAAAGAUCUAAAAAAAGUAACAAACUGCAAUAAUGGUGUAUUGGAUAAAGCAAAGAACCACAUACAAAUCAGCGGGUAUUUAAAUUUGUUUGCCAAUUGCAUUGACAAUUUCACUCAUGGUUUGGCAUUGGGAGGAAGUUUUCUCAUAUCACCAAGAGUCGGGUUAUUUACUACAUUAGCAAUAUUGGUUCAUGAAAUUCCGCAUGAAGUUGGCGAUUUUGCUAUUCUCUUAAAGUCUGGGUUCAAUCGUUGGCAGGCUGCAUGUGCUCAAGUAUAUACAGCUUCUGCUGGCAUAUUUGGAGCUCUUACUGCCAUUUAUUGUAGUGGAGUUUCUGGUGACGUGGAGGCAAAGACAUCUUGGAUUAUGCCGUUUACAGCCGGUGGUUUCCUUCAUAUAUCUUUAGUCACCGUACUGCCUGAACUUUUACUCGAGGAGAACCCAAGAGAAUCGAUUAAACAAUUUACGUUGAUAUUAGCUGGAAUUUUAGUCAUGUACGUUAUGUCUCAUCUAUUCGAAUGACCACUGAUGUAUGAUUUUUUCCUGACCCACUCCUUCACCACAUCCCCUUUUACAAAAGACUAUAGUUAUAUUUUUUUAACUCUUUGAUCACAUUAUUUAUGUACCACUUA